AUGACUCCUCAUCUUACACCGCGAGUCCGUCGCACGUCGCAAAACACACAAUACACCUACAAUCUAUCGAGGCGGAUUCACGAUGUCAAGACCUACCCCGUCCAGUCUCCCCAAGGGGCCGCAAUCCUCCUGUACGCCCAUGAUAACGGUGUCACGAUAGUCUGGAGAGGCGGACGGAGGUUCAAACCCACAAGAACAAAGUCUUCUGUUCCGACGAAUGAGAAACAAAACGGCGCCCCGGACGAUUCCGUCAUGAUCAUCGACUCCGAUGACGACGAACCCCCGGCCAAGUCGGCCAAGGCAGGCAAGGCCUUUGCGCCAUUCACAGACAAACCCGAGUUCGAAAAUUCCGAGGAGGAUGGACCGUAUCCUGAAAUCAUCCAGACCCUUGAUCUUUCUCUCGGCACAACCGCUCUUCAUCUGGCGGUGCUACCUAUGACGCCUUGCCCCGCCGAAGAUGCCGCGUGGGGAGGGGCCGAUGUGCUCAAGGAGAAGAUGGUCUUCACCGUGGCCUGCGCCACCAAUGAGGUCUACGUUGUGACGCUUCCAUUGACGCCUCCAAGCCCGGAAAGCAAGGCGCGCCCCGAGCUGAGAUCGAAUCUACUGGCCGGCAAGGCUGGGUCUGGCCAGUGGGGCGAGCGCGUUGUUCUCCUUGGCGGCCAAUACAAGCACAGUGAAGGGGUCGCCAUGUCAUUGAUCAAGCCCAAGACAUCGUCCAGCUCCGAUCGGAUACGAGAACAAACCGAUACCUCAAGCACACAGAAGCCUCGCCUCGUUGUGGCCGCACAUACUCGCGAGGCAUCCGGAACACUUCGUCUGUGGGAUGUCCCUCUGGAUGUCCAACCAGGCGAAGCUAGUGGCCGAAUCAACCCCUUUCAGUCCGAAUACCUUCCCAGCCCCCUGUGCAGCAUUUCUUUCAACCCGACACACCUUACCCAGCUCCUCACGGUAGCCUCGCCGCAUGCCGUACGUAUCUACGACUACGCCCUACCCUCGUUGCCUCCCGACGACCAGGCCGUUGGGCCGUUCCCCAGCCAAGGUUCCUGGCUUCUGUCUAUGUUCCAGCCCUUCACUCGCCCUACUUCGACGCGGAAGCCGAUUCUUGACGCAGCUUGGAUCGCACAUGGUAGAGCCGUGCUCGCAUUACUGGCGGACGGCACAUGGGGUAUUUGGGACGUGGAUGGUGCCAGCCCGCUCGGCGCUUCGAUCCUGGGAAAGAACAGCUCUGGCAUCAAGGGUGCGGCGCUUACAGCCUUCAGUGCCAGUGGCCAUGUCGAAGGUACAGGGCCUUUGCGCACGACGGCUGGCGUACCGAGGUCAAACGGCAAUGGCGAGUUUGUUCCUCUGACGCCGCAUAGCCGUCGUGAUGCUGCGGCAUCGUUGAGCGCGGCCGGCUCACUGGAACGUCUCGUGUCUGUCAGGGGUGGUAUUGUGGUGACGCCCUUGCCCGGUAGUGGCUCGGGCUCCGCCGACGAGAGUGUUGUGCUAUGGAUUGGUGGGCUGGAUAAUGUCUCGGUCAUCCCAGCAGUAUCUCGGUUCUGGGACGCACAACUGCGUCGGGGCUCGGGGGGUGGCGUGAACCUCUUCAGCGGUACUACUCCGACCAGAAUGAUCCGCCUGCACGACCUGUCUACCGGCCUUCUCGGAGAGCGAUGUUGUGGCGUCGGCGCUGCGGUCAAUUACCCGAAGCUGAAGGAGACCGAAGGAGGAUUGCAGAUCGAGGUUCUCAUCAUGGGAGAGAGCCGCCUGGUUAUUGUCCAUGAGUCGGAGGACACGCCUGGCACCAAGAUCGGAUCUGUUGUCUCGACACGACGACGCCUCUUCGGCGACAGGGGGAAGGCAGAGCCGCCCAGCGCCAUCAUCGUGCACCCUCGACCCGACCAGCCCCGGAAUGUCUCGUUCAACCUCAGCGUCAACAAGACGAGAAGCUUGCGUGCGAAAUCAAACGGCCGCGACAGCUUCGACGCAGAGGAUCCCACCCACGACUUCACGCUUCCCGUCGGCCGGCCCAAGUCGGGCUUCGGGUUCGCCGACACGCUCAGCGCAGCGGCAGACUUGCAGGACGAUGUCACGAUGCGCGAUGUUGAGGAGGAGAUGCUGGAUAUCUUGGAGAUUGACCAGGCUUUGGAGAAUAUGGAAGACGACCGGGGUAGCGGACGAAAGAAGGUCUUCUUUGAGGAGGACCAAGACCGGUCAUUCCACUAA